AUGACUAACAACCAACCUAUCAUCAAUCUUCGUUCGCUCCUUGAGAAGGACAAGUUGAACGGAAACAACUUCCUUGAUUGGGAAAGGAAUCUAAGAAUCGUUCUUAGAUCCGAAGGAGGAGAGGAUGUCCUUGAGACCCCUAUCCCAACUCUGAGCGCCACAGCAACUGAUGCUGAAAAGGCUAAUCAGAAAGCUAUAAAAGAGAAGUCAGUAGUUGUCACUUGCCUUAUUCUAGCUUCCAUGGAAUCAAAGCUUCAAAAGAGGUUUGAUUUAAUGGAUGCUUACACCAUCAUUGCUACUCUUAAAAGUAUGUUUGUGGAGCAAGCAAGGGUGGAGAGGUAUGAUACCCAUAAGGCAAUUCUUGAGUCCAAACUCGAGAUGGGUAAGCCAGUCGGUCCUCAUGUGUUCAAUAUGAUUGGACAUUUUGAGAACAUGGAAAGACUUGGAUUCCCAUAUGGUCAAGAGUUGGCCACUGACAUCAUUCUGCACUCUUUACAUGAUGGCUUUUCUCAGUUUAGGCUAAACUUCAAUAUGAAUGGAGAUUAA